UUUAAUGAUGAGACAUACGGCUAAGGUUAUUGUGACUAAUUGGUCUUGUGUUUUGUUGUUAUUCCUUGACCUGCUUUCAUUUGCAAUGGCAAUUACUUCCUAACUGUUCAGCACUGCUAGCAUUCAUUUUAGUCGGCAUUUGUUAUACAGGGUUAUACUAUUUAGAGAUAAAUUGAUAUUUCGUGCUACGAAUCCGACAUGAGAGGGGUUCGUAAACUUGUUUUAUCAGUUUGGCAGGUAAAUUCACCUUGGCAACAUGUUAUUAAAACUAACAACUAGAUCUGCGAAUCUCUUGACUCACCCAUGUGUUGGGGAGCCAUAACGACAGUGAAUUUAGACUACCACAUAAAACAACCACUAUUGAUCUUGUUCCAUCCUAACUUGAAACAAAUUUUCUAUGUACAAUCAUGGCGUUACAUGCUGUUCAGAUUUCAGUUCACAUGUUAUAACAAACUGAUCAGUGUUUCACCUAGAAAUCGGUUGCUUUUCAAUUUCAAAACUUGAAAAUGUCAUAUUUGCUAAUCAAAGAUGAUAUUUGUUUUUCAGAUUCUGUAUUCGCAAUAGAAGCUGAGUUCUGGAAUAGGACUACAGUUCAAGAUAGCUACUAUGUUGUUGGCUCAGUGUCCAGUUUGUCAAGAGUGUUUUACGAAUGCCCUUCAGUGUCACAUAUCAGCACUACCAUGUGGUCACGUAUUCCAUCAAAUAUGUAUUGAUACUUGGUUCAAAACGUCGUCUACAUGUCCACAAUGCAGAAUAGGAAUAAAAAGAACUUUUGUUAUUUCUCGACUGUAUUUUGAUAUGGUCACUCACAGUACAGAUGAACGUGUCAGUAUUACAGACGGUGAGGACAUGGAAGCAGAAUUGGAAGUUUCUCAGUCAAACAAUAAAUCUAUGAAAUCCCUGAGUAUCCAACUUCAUCGAUUACGUUCAGAAAAUAUGCGAUUAGAUACAUUAUGUAAGAAUUUAUCACAAAAAUCAGAAGAAAACGCUAAGCUGUUAAGUGCUCGGGAUAAAGAAAUAUCUACAUUAUCUACUUUGUAUAGUGAAACUGAUAAAUUGUAUGAAAAAGAAAGGCAACGUUGUCGAGAUUUAAGAACGGAAAUAUCAAGUUUAAAACAAUUUCUUCGUGAAGCUGAAACUAUGAAGGCUGAAGCUAUCCAACUUCGGAAAGAAACUGAAGACAUGCAAAAUGUGAAGAAAUUAAUAUCUUCAUCAGAAGAUGCUGCACGUGAGUUAUUUUCUCGGUACACAUCGAAAUAUGAGGAUUCAUCAAAUGGUUCGUUAAAUAAAAGUCAAAAUAAUUCAGAAUUAUUAUCACUUUGUAAAUGGGCAUCUGUUCUACGAUCAGAAUUGACAGCUACCCGUGAGAAACUUAGAAGUUAUCGAACAGAAUUAUCUCGUGUCCGAAAACUUCAAAUUUCUGCUUCACAAAAAAUAGCACGUGCCGAAAAUAAUGCCAAUGAAUACAAACAACGUGUUCAUACUUUAGAAAAUGAAUUAUCGAAAUUAAUUGGACAAAUCCGCUCGACUACUAAUGACAAGAAGGAGCAACAAGUAUCAUCGAACAGUCCUCAUAAUCAGACAACAUAUAAAACGCCUACUGCAUCAAUUUCAUGUCGUCCUUCUACUUCAUCUGUGUCUCCUGGAUGUCCAUUAGCUCUGAAUGAUAGCUUGCUAGUUACACCACCGGUAAAACCAACAACUAAAGAAUUAACAACACCUGAUUUUCUGUUACUGAGUAGUCCACGGGAACAAUCAGCUACUGUCACUCCAAAGACGGAUUUUGUAACUCCUGCCAAUCCAUUCCGUGUUGCUCAGAAACAGCCGCCAGCUAGUCCUCCGAAGCUAAGUAUUUCUACUUCACAAACUUAUAGUCGUACUUUAUUAUUUUCACCUGAAAUAAGUGCUGUUGAUAAAAAUUCUAGUAAGAGCAACCCCGCCAAUCAAAGACGACCAUCUAGCUUUUAUCAAAUGUCAAUUAUGCGUCAACAUUCAAAAAUUGCUGACAGGUAUACCGUGCCGAAUUAUAAUAAUAAAUCUGUCAGUAGCAAACUUCAAUUCCCUAAACCACUUCAAAAAACUGAUGUGAAAUUAACCAAGUCUAUUGAAAAUAAAGUAGACAGUAUUGGUGCUGGGGCGAAACGUGUAGUACACAGUGUAAAAAAAUCUGUUCCAUAUAAUUCUAAAACUUCUAAACUGGAUAAUUUUGUAAUGAAGUUGUAAAGUGAUCUUUCAUUAUUACUGUUUUUUAUCAUUUUAAUAAACCAAAAUCAAGUAUUUUAUUGAAGAUGAUUUGGUAGUGAGAAUGGUAUGGUGUAGUUCAGUGGAUACUGUAGUC